UAGGUCAACCUUAUAAUCUUCAUUAAUUGAGAUUUACUUUUGUUGUUGUUUUCGGAAAAAAAUCACAUCGUCUCGUGCUUCUCCCGAGUCUAGUUCCGUCCGGGAAGGAAGUGAUUAACAACAAGACACAACAGCUCGCGAGGAACCAACUCACACUCAGAGCACGAUGAGGAAGCGUCAUCCCAAGGCGGCUUCAGAUUCGUCGUCAGAGCCAUCAUCUUCCACUCACCAAACCGAUAACAACAACGAUGUCCUCCUUGAUAAGAAGGUGGUUGAUGUUAGAAGAUCGGGGAAAACAUGGUUCUCAGUGUUGAUCCUCAUCAUUUACUCCUCCUGGGCUGUUUACAACCACCAGCACGGGAACCUACCUCGUCCCUUAACCGCUAAACAAGCUGGCAAAAGGGGUUUCUCUGAGAUUCAGGCUAUGAAACACGUCGCGGCUUUGACUCAGUUCGGUCCCCAUCCUGUUUCUUCUGAUGCUCUUGUCCACGCCCUUGAGUAUGUACUGGGAGAAGUUGAGAAAGUUAAAGAGACUGCUCACUUUGAUGUUGAUGUGAAUGUUGAUUUCUUUGAAUCCAAAUCCGGUGUGAACCGGCUUGUGGGUGGUCUUUUUAAAGGGAAGUCGCUUGUGUAUUCAGAUAUAAGUCACAUUGUAGUGAGAAUCAUGCCCAAGUAUGAAUCAGAAGCAGGAGAGAAUGCUAUCCUUGUCUCCUCUCACAUUGAUACUGUCUUUUCAACAGGUGGGGCUGGAGAUUGUAGUUCAUGUGUAGCCGUAAUGCUGGAACUAGCUCGGUCUGUUUCACAGUCUGCUCAUGGAUUUAAGAACUCUGUUAUCUUCUUGUUCAAUACUGGAGAGGAAGAAGGUCUUAAUGGCGCUCAUAGCUUCAUUACUCAGCAUCCAUGGAGUUCCACAGUACGUUUAGCUGUUGAUUUAGAGGCCAUGGGUGCGGGUGGGAAGUCCGCUAUUUUUCAGGCUGGUCCGAGUCCGUGGGCUAUUGAAAACUUUGCCUUGGCCGCAAAAUAUCCAUCUGGUCAGAUCAUGGGACAGGAUCUGUUUACUUCCGGAGUCAUAAAAUCUGCGACUGACUUUCAAGUAUACAAGGAGGUUGCUGGUCUCUCAGGAUUGGACUUUGCUUUUGCAGAUAACACUGCUGUCUAUCACACUAAGAAUGAUAAGAUAGAGCUCAUAAAGCCAGGAUCUCUCCAGCAUCUUGGGGAAAACAUGCUUGCUUUCCUCAUCCGUGUUGGUUCAUCUUCUGAUCUCCCAAAGGAUAAAACACUCCAGACAUCGAGCUCGGACGCAGCUAUCUAUUUUGACAUAUUGGGGAAGUAUAUGGUUGUAUACAGGCAAAACUUUGCGACAAUGAUGUAUGUUUCAGUGAUCAUGCAAUCGAUGCUUAUAUGGGUUAUGUCUUGCCUCAUGGGUGGUUAUCCGGCUCUUGUGUCGGUGAUGCUGUCCUGUUUGAGUUUUAUCCUCGCAUGGAUAUUCUCAGUAGCUUUCUCUGUAGCUGUUGCUUUCAUACUGCCCUGGAUCUCCUCAUCACCUGUGCCUUAUGCUUCAUACCCGUUGAUGACAAUUGGAUUGUUUGUGUCGCCUGCGGUUUUGGGGUCAAUAAGUGGUCAGCACCUGGCCUUUAGUUUCCUUCGGAAGAAACCAUCAAACCGAAACUCUAACAAUAUGGAGCUCUCACCAAGACUGAGGGAUAAUUUGGCCAAGCUUGAGGCUGAGAGAUGGCUGUUUAAAGCUGGUUUUAUACAGUGGUUUGUUCUUCUGGUCUUUGGAACUUAUUAUAAACUUGGAUCAACUUACCUCGCUCUGGUUUGGCUCGUUCCUCCUGCAUUUUCAUAUGGAUUGCUUGAGGCGACUUUAACUCCAAUCAGAUUCCCAAAGCCCCUCAAACUUGCAACUCUCGCUAUCAGCUUGGCUGUACCAAUUUUGGUUUCAGCUGGCGGUUUUAUCCGGUUAGCUGGCACAUUGAUCGGCAUGCUCAUUCGAUUUGACAGGAACCCAGGUGGAACUCCAGAAUGGCUAGGCAAUGUGGUGGUUGCUGUUGUUAUUGCCACUUUUGUAAGUCUGACUAUGGUAUACCUCCUGGCCUAUAUUCACCUCUCAGGUUCAAAAAGGUCGAUUGUCACUGCACUAUGCAUCAUCACUGCCCUCUCUCUUGCUCUUGUAGCUUCUGGUUUUCUUCCUGCUUUCACUGAGGACACGGCGAGAGCCGUAAAUGUAGUACAUGUUGUGGAUACAAGCGGGGAAGAACAGGCGUCGUUCAUUUCUCUAUUCUCAAACACUCCUGGAAACCUGAACGUGGAAGCAGAGCAGAUCAAGGAAGGGUUCAGAUGUGGGAGAGAUAACAAGGUAGAUUUCGUCAGUUUCGAGACUAAGUACAGUUGUGUGAGCAAGAAGGACGCCGAGGUUGGAUGGGACAAGAGCGAUGUACCAGUUCUGCGUGUGGUAAACGAGGAGAAAGGGAGAGGAGACGACGAGAGAAGGAUCAUUGCGGUUUCGAUGGAGACAGGAGGGUCAUCGCGGUGGAUUCUUGGGAUUGACAUGGAGGUAGUAGAAGAUUUUACACUGCAAGUAGGCGAGGAGGAGGGGGAUGAAGAGUUGAUGAUAGGACGUGGUGAGAAGAGCAGCGGCCAAGAAGGAUGGCAUCAGAUUCAGUUCUCUGGUGGGAAGAAGGCGCCUACUAAGUUUGUUCUCAAACUUUACGAGAAGAAGGGUGAUGAGAGGAAGAAGAAGAUGCAGAGACCUGUGUUGAAACUGAGAACUGACUUUGAUCGUAUCACUCCACAAGUGCAAAGGGUUCUCGAAAGACUUCCAACAUAUUGCUCACAGUUUGGAAAAUCCACGUCUCCUUUUACUCUUGCUUUUCUUGCUUCUCUUCCUUACACCAAAUAACACACUCUUCAUCACUUACCUGUUUCUACUUGGCAACACAUACAAUAAUUGAUUUCUUGUUGUUGGUGACAUCAAAAAGCACGAGUUUUGAGUU